AUGUCCCCCGAAGCCCAAGCGUUCAGCGUCGCCGUACUGUUCCCCGACCGCGCCGCCGUCAAGCGCGCCGUUGAUCUGCUGAUCCCGAUGGCCCGCAAGGCGGCCGAGCAGACCGACACGCUGGUCGACGACGCCGCGGUCGACAUGCUCGAGGCCCUGCACAAGUCUGAGCUGGCCCAGGAGUGGGUCGCCAGUGAGGUGAGCCGCCAGGACCGAAUCCCCGAGGGCGCGCUGGCGGUGGCCGUGAUGCCCGACGCGGUGAAGCAGGACCUGGUGCGCCAGCUGCCGACCGCUGAUCGCCGCGAGGCGUUUCUCAGUGGGGCGCUGCUCGAGAGGGCGUUGUCGUGGGGCCUGCCGCUGUUGCUGCAGAUCCUGGAGCGGGGCCACGCGAUGACCGCUCCGCAGCAGAUCCUGGUUUGCGGCAACAAGGAGCCGGCCAGCAACCGGCUCGCCCGGUGGGACAAGACCCCCUGGAACGGGACCGGCUGGAUCGGCGAGCCCGUGGCCGUGCAGCUCACGGUCCACGCGCCCGACUGGUGCAAGCUGGCGACGAUCUGGGCGGUUCGCGAGUGGAUGAAGGUCUGCGCCCUCGAGGUCGAGUGGGAGAGCAACCCGCGGGCGGCCAGCGUGAACAUCGGCCAGGGGCCGAUCGACGGCCCGAGCGGCACGCUGGCGUACAUGCACCUGCCUUACGGCCCGGACAAGCAGCUCGACGGCAAGGUCGACACCAGCGAGAGCUGGCACAAGGACCCCGACAGCAGCCCCGGCCGCGACAUGAUCCACCUGGGCGCCGUGCUGUGCCACGAGUUCGGCCACGCCCUCGGCAUCGAGCACGUGCCGACGUCGCAGGGCGUCGCGCUGCUGAACCCCAUGUACCGCCCCGACGUGCUGCGUCCGCAGACGCUGGACGCCGAGCAGGCGGUCUACCGGUACGGGCCGAAGCUGGCCACGCCGACGCCCGACUCCGGCGACCCCGAGCCCGGCCUGGCGACGAUCGAACUGUCCGCCGCGCUCGCGGCGGGCGUCUACCAACUUGUGAAGCAAUGA